CUUCAACGAAGAUAGUCGUAACGAACUAAGAAUAAUGGCAGGUCACCGAAGCUACCAAUAGGUUAAAAGUACAAAUAACACUCGCAAGGACAGACGCCUAACAGUUGCCGCCGCGACGCCGCAGCGAUGGCAUCUAGCUCUUUCCCCGUCAGUUACACGGGAAAUGUGUAUGACAUAAAGAGUUUCCUGAGGGAUCAUCCCGGGGGAGUUCGGACUUUGGAAAAGUAUAAGGGCAAGUCCAUCUCGCAGGUGAUGAGAGUGUACGGGCACAGUUACAGCGCGUAUCACAUGUUGAGAGACUUUAAAGUUAGUGAUGGGAACUUGACGGGGGCUGUUAGUGAGCGUGGUAGGAUUAUUACCAAGGAGGAAGAGGAAUUAGAUGAUAAGGAGAUAGCCUUCCUCGAGGAGUUGGAGAGUAGACUGGAUUGGUCGAAGCCUCUUCUGUCACAGCUGAGCAAAAUAGCGCCACACUAUCAGAAAUGGGUGAACAGCGCCGUUUAUAGGAAGUGCCGUCUCUUCGAGAGCCCGCUCCUGGAGGGCUUGACGUACACCCCCUGGUAUCUCGUGCCAAUGUUCUGGAUACCCGUCAUUAUUUACCUGACGGUGACGCAAUGUUUCAGUCACGUAUAUUGUGGAGAUGUCUGCACGAACCCCAUCACAGAGGUGGAAUUCGUUUUCCACAUGGCGAUCGGCUUUAUGGUGUGGACGUUCCUGGAGUACUCGCUGCAUAGAUGGGUGUUCCACUACGACCCUGGCUCCUCAAUAAAACUGAUACAGCUGCAUUUCCUGAUACACGGAAUGCAUCACAAGGUGCCUUUCGAUGGUCUGAGACAGGUUUUCCCUCCAAUACCGGCGUUGGUGAUAGCCUCAGUACUGUUUCUACCUAUUUGGUGCACACUAUCAUAUCCCUGGAUCAAAAUGGCCGGCGGUCUUAUAGGUUAUCUUGUGUAUGAUAUGAUUCAUUACUACGUGCACCACGGCUCACCGAGCGACGGUACAUACCUUUACGCGAUGAAACGCUAUCAUUCAAAUCAUCAUUUCGUGAACCACGACAAAGCUUUUGGUAUAAGCAACAAGCUGUGGGAUCACGUUUUCAAAACGCUGGUCCACGUGAAGAAAUUGGGUUUCGGUCUCAAGUGGUAGCGUGUCAGAGACGAUUUAGUUCAUAUAUAAAAAAAGACAAAUGUGUAAUUGGUUAAUCGCUUAUACGAUUUGAACGAAACGUUUUUUUGAAUAUUUUAUUUAUAAUAUUUUUAUUUGUUCCUAAUUCGAAAAAUUUUAACUUAUUUCUUUUAACGUUAAGAUAGUUUUACGACACAUACAUAGUUGGACUAGAAUUUUCAUUAUUCACAUUAAAUGACAUCGUUCGGAAACUUGUUACACAAGUAUAAUUUAAUGAGACUAUUCAUCUGUAUAUUUUCUUCACCGUUCUGAUUAAACGACAAAUGUUUUAUUUUUGAAAAUGUCAAUCAUACUAAGUCGAAUAAAAAACCUUAAUUUUCAAGCCGUUCAAAAAUUAACUCAAUGUUUGCAUUUUUUUUUAUCGAAUCGUACCCAUUUAUCAACGAAAUUAUCAGUUGUAAGAAAUAUUUGUGAUAAAGGUGUGAAGUUACGACUAAAGUUUUUUUUACACCGUAUUGGUUCGACACUUGGUUAAUUUUGUUGCCAUAUUUUUUUUAUAUACUAUUAAAAAUAAACUGAUUAUUGUGUUCAGUUUCCUUAUACGCUAACAGUCUAUAACUGCAAUGUUUUCCUCGAACUGUCUAUUUUGCAACCAUUCUAAACGUGUAUAAAUAAAACUGACAGUUCUCAUAUAACAUUGAAAAUAACGAUCACAUUACCACAGACUAUACAUUAAUUAACAAUUAUUUUUUUUAUUAUAAUGAAAAGUGUUUUAUUUUUUGUUUUAUAUUUACAUAUUAAUGUACAGGAUAAAAAAAAUACAUAGCAUAUGUGACAAUAUUAACAAAAUGAUUGCGAUAUAGAUGUAGUUAGAAGUGGACACCACAAAUAAUAAAUGUAUAUUUUUAUA